UGCGUGAGGAUUGUGAAGGUUCAACCAAUAAAACCGUGCCGGCACCGGAUUUCAUACAUGAAAGAGUCCAACUCCAAAUUUCACAUGAAACUGGACAGGUAACAGUCGCUUGUUACAUUCACCAAAAACAAAUAUCUACAUAUUGCUCUACAAGGAUAUUACAAGUUGAGGUGCAGUCAUUUCACCACUGGACAUCAGUGGCAUGAGAUGUGAGAGAUGGUGGUGUCUAAACGGUUCAUCUUUGGCUUGAUAAGCCUUCAUCUGAUGAUGGGGUGCACUGGUGGUAACGAGAUGUGUAAGGCCUCCAUUGGGCAUGGAUGGGCAUGUCCUCCCACUUGGUACCAGUGGGGACGCAAAUGCUACAAAGCCAUCACUGAGCACCUGACAUGGUCUGAGGCAAAAGAUGAGUGCAUCAAGAUGGGAAGUGUCUUGGUCAUGCCACAGUCUCAGGAGGAAACUGAGUUCCUGGUCCAGCUACAGCAAUCCAACUUUUGGAUAAACUGCAAUGAUCUCCAGGAAGAAGGUACUUGGAAGUGUGAGAAUGAUGAGGUUGAGUUCAGGGAUUGGUCGACUGGUCCACAGUGGCUGCAACCUGAUAACUUGUAUGAUGAGGAGCACUGUGCUGAGAUGUGGGUAGAUCAAGAAGGGAAAUGGAAUGAUGUGCCGUGUGAUGCUCAACGCCCUGCAAUAUGUAUCCAACCUGCACCACAGCUGCACUUUUAAACAGCAACAGUGAUUACUGACUGGCAAAACAGAACUGGACACCAUGCAAUUUGCCUACCUAGUACAGAUUCGAACCUGCGACGAUGAGAGCAAAAUACUCAAUCUGUCACGCAAAUAUAGCUUCCCUGUUCAAGACAUGGGACAAAAAAAGGACUCUAUAUACAUAAAAGACACUGACCAUUACAGAAAUCGAACUCAUCACCACAAGAAUGCAUGCUGAAAGUGACAACACUCUACCAAAACAUUCCAAGCUCAAAAGGUUCAAGGCACAGAGUAGAAGAUAGUUAUACAUGUAACCUUGGUUUAAACAACCACAUGAAAUUUAAAUGAAAAAAAACAAAAACAGGAAUUCUGGUAAAAACAAAUUUGCAUAGUGAAACCAAGUGCUUUAUGUGAAAAUACCAACAAGAAUUCAGCUUAUAUACAUUUUUUAAAAAAUAACUUAAUAUAAUUUAAUUUGUCCAAGAAAGUAGGCACUGUUUUAACUCCAGCACUAUCAUUCACAAAGGAUGUCAAAGUCUACUUGAUAAAGUUGACGAUUCUUUCAAAAUUGGUGUAGCAUUACAUGUGUGUCAGCAGGUCUGAGGACCAGUGACUUUUGUUGGCUUUUGCUGGCCCUUCCCAUGUGGUCAUAUGGUUGUGCCUUAUUUGUUCUGUGCUAGUCUAUUUUAUGUUAUGUUAUAAUUUCUUAUCUUGUAUUGUUUUGUUUUUAAUCACUAUAUAAAAUGAUAAUAUUCAUUUAUAACAACAUAAUGCUUGAAUAAAAGAUGCUGAAAUUGUGAUGUGGCAAAUAAAUUGGCAAUUGGAUAUUGUAAUAAUUUAGAUGAACCCUUUCAGAAAUAAAGUCGAAGCAAGGAAGAUCUUUUGAAAUGUCUUU